GCCCCCACCCCCUCCCGCGUCCAGCCCCGCGCUCCCCACCUUGUAAAACAAAGCCGGGGAAAAUGCCUGCCCGUGCAGCUCGGAGCGCGCAGCCCGUCUCUGAAUAAGAAGUGAGUACCGUGGCGUGUGUGUAAAAGGUUCAAGUCCAUCUUUUGCAAAAUAAAAGAGAACAUUUUGAAUGCUGCAUGCCUCAUGCUGCCCAGCGCCUCGCCGGAGAAACCCGGCUCUAGCGCAGGAGUGGCGGCACCUGACUUGCUGGAUCCAAAAUCUGCCGCUCAGAACUCCAAGCCCAGGCUCUCAUUUUCCACGAAACCCACCGUGCUUGCUUCCCGGGUGGAGAGUGACACGACCAUUAAUGUUAUGAAAUGGAAGACGGUCUCCACGAUUUUCCUGGUGGUUGUCCUCUACCUGAUCAUCGGAGCCACCGUGUUCAAAGCAUUGGAGCAGCCUCACGAGAUUUCCCAGAGGACCACCAUCGUGAUCCAGAAGCAAACCUUCAUUUCCCAGCACUCCUGUGUCAACUCGACUGAGCUGGACGAGCUCAUCCAGCAAAUAGUGGCAGCAAUAAAUGCAGGGAUUAUACCGUUAGGAAACACCUCCAAUCAAAUCAGUCACUGGGACUUGGGAAGUUCCUUCUUCUUUGCUGGCACUGUUAUUACCACCAUAGGUAGGAGACAACUUAUUUU